GAUAAACUUUUCUGUCCGUUCCGCUCGCUUGACACAGACGGAGAAGAGCAGCCAGACUGUUUACUACACCAUCCUGCUGCUCUCCCUACAGAGAUUCCAAAGAUCGAACAUGCAAACGAUACAAAGACACUAGUUCACUCAGAAAAGGAUCUGAGUCCAAGGCUUGGUGAGGUCACCGCUUCUACUGAUGUCGAAACUUCAGCAUAAUGUGACCAGAAAUCCUCUUUCUACAUUGAAGACCAUUCAGAAUUAUCCUUGCAUUCUGACUUGAUUAAAUAUUUUGCAAACAACAUGGAUGACGUGGCCUCAGCCUCUGUUCUCGCAGGCCCGUCCCAGCCCACGUUUCCCCGCCCGCCGACCUCCGAGCGUCGGAAACGCAAGUCUGGCACCGCCAACAUCUUUCAGGGAGUAAACCUGAGGCAGCUCAGACGGCUCUUCCAGGCGGCGGGGGACCCAGACCCCGAGCAGAGAGCCCGGAUGGUGUGGGGGAACCGGCGAGCAGCGGGCGGAGAGGAUGGAGCAGACAGGGAGGAGGAGGACGAGGAUGGAGCGAAUGCUGAGGUGGAGACGGGUUUGGCACAGGCGUUGGUGGGACUCCGAGUCCGAGCGCGGAACCGAAGUGGCCUCAGGGUGGAGUCUCAUAAAGACGGCACAGGAACAAGAUGGAUGCGAGCGUUUGGUCAUCUCAGAAUCAACGAGGGCUCACUGGGACAGACGUCUGAAGUCAUAACUGGAGAUGAAGAUAAUGACAACGAUGAGGAUGACGAUGCAUCUGCUUUGGGAGCCUGUGGGGGGCAGAGCUCUUUUGAGGCUGGAUCAUGUGACCAAGCUGACUUCCUGCCCCCAGAGGAAGAGACUCAGGGGCCCUCGGAUGGCCCCAGAUGGAGCUGGAACGCCGUUCAGGAGAAGGACCCGGAGCGAUACCUGCACCGGAUCCGACACUGAGGCAGCAGAGCGGCAUCCAAUCAGAUUACUGCCUGAGAGACUCGCUGUCACCAUAGAUUUACUUGAAGCCACCACCUCAACCAAACACUAGUCUUAAUCGAGCAACGAUCAACACUACAGCACCUGCAGUGGCCAGGAAGGGACAUUAACUAUAAUCCCGCAGGAUUACACUCCUUUUAUACAUUAACACACUGUUUACGGGUUUGUGCCAUUCUUACAUCCUCAGACCUGAUCGCACAAUAACAGUCAAACACUAUUAUAAGGAUAGUUCACCCAAAAAUGACAACUGUGUCUUAAUUUACUCACCCUCAUGUCAAAUGACAAGAUUCCUUUUUUUGGGUGGUGAUCUGUUCCUUUAAAUGCAAUGAUUUAAGUCUCAUUGACGCUUCCAGAGCCCCUAUCAGCUUUUUUUUUAUAAUAUUAUUACAUAUAUAUAUAUAUGAGUGUAAGGGGCUGAAGAAUGCUGGGUUUCUGUUAUUUAAUGAUUUGUCCUUGUAUUUGGUUUCAAAACACUAGUUUCUCAGUAUCUUCAGGGAGCAUUCUGCCUUCCAGUAGUGUUUAAUGGUCAAUAUCUAACAAUAUAAAAGAAUGUAUUUGCAUUAACUGCAGUUCUCUUCAAAUCAUUAGUGUUGUUUAAGAUACAAAUAGUCUGUACAUAAGUAGUAUCACCUUUAGAUGGAUGCUGGACACUAUUAGUGUCGAUUAUUUAAUGUCUUCUUCUGUCACUCAGACAGACAGUUACAAGCAAUAUGGAUGAAAACAUGUAGCCGAAGUCAAUGAACACUACUACAUGCACAAGAAACAGAGUUGUUUUUCUCCUCGUUAUUAAGUUGGAACUUCCAAUUAAACUGCUUUUGAAAUUUAA